AUGUUCAUCCAGACGGAAGCGACGCCGAACGACGACUCGCUCAAGUUCAUUCCGGGGUGCACAGUGAUGGAGAAGGGGACGGCUGAGUUCCUGGACAAGCGCGCGUCGAUGACGUCGCCGCUCGCCAAGACGCUGUUUGGUGUGGACGGCGUGACGGGCGUGUUUUACGGCCCCGACUUUGUCACGGUGUCGAAGAGCGCUGACACGCCGUGGUCGUCGAUCAAGCCGGAGAUCUACAGCAGCAUGAUGGAGUUCUUCACCGCUGGCCACAGCCUGUUUCCGGACCCCAGCACGGCGCAGGCCGGCUCGGACACGACGAUCCUCGAGACGGACUCGGAGGUGGUGGCGAUGAUUAAGGAGCUGCUCGACACGCGAGAGGACGGUGGCGACCUCGAGUACCGCGGCUUUGGCGAGGACACGGACGGGAUCGUGCGUGUGCGGCUCAAGGGCAGCUGCCGUGGGUGCGACAGCUCGACGGUCACGCUCAAGGCGGGCAUUGAGCGCAUGCUCAUGCACUACGUGCCGGAGGUCAAGGGCGUCGAGCAGGUGCUCGACGAGUCGGAGCAGGUCGCCCUCGACGAGUUUGGCAAGCUCGAGGAGCGCCUGGCGCAGGCGCGCGCGGAACGCGAGCGUGGUUUUUCUCCCUAG